UUGUUUGAGAUUUGUUUAAAUUUUGUUUACGCUUUAAUAAUAUUGGUGGUUUCAAUUAAUUAAAGGCGUAUGCUUGUGAUCCUGUUCACUUAAUGUUAGCUUUUAAACCAAGAGUAGCACAAAAAAAAGAAAACGGCACAAUAGGGCUCAAAUUAGCGAGUUGUUCUUCCGGUGUCACAGGUCAACUCGUCCGAGAAAAAGCAAGGAUCCAAUAAAUUCCACGGACACCGACUGAAAAACUAUAUAAAUCAUGUCUCACACCAUCCUGCUGGUGCAGCCCACCAAGAGGCCAGAGGGAAGGACAUACGCCGAUUAUGAAUCCGUCAACGAGUGUAUGGAAGGUGUGUGUAAGAUGUACGAGGAGCAUUUAAAGAGAAUGAACCCCAACAGUCCGUCGAUAACGUACGACAUCAGCCAGCUGUUUGACUUCAUCGACGACCUGGCUGACCUCAGCUGUUUGGUGUAUCGUGCCGACACACAGACGUACCAGCCGUACAACAAGGACUGGAUCAAAGAGAAGAUCUACGUGCUGCUGCGCCGUCAGGCCCAGCAGGCAGCCAAGUGAAGCCUCGGGGGGUGUGUAUUAUUAUUUUCCGAUCUGUAACUUGUGUUCAGUUUUGUUUUGACUAAGAUUUUUUUUUUUUAAGUUUUGGGUUUUUUUUUCUAAUGAAGGGGAGGUACAUUUUGU